AUGAAGGCCUUCAACUACGAGACGGAUCUUGUCUUGGAAAGGCUUCCAGGGCUCUUUUCCUGCAACGUGCGUGACUCGGCUGGAUCGUUGUUCUCUUUGGUAGACACCGAUUACGCCGUCCGCUCUUUUCCCUUCUUUUGGUUUCCUCUGUCGCUCCUUUGCCUCUACACCUGGCUGUCUCUCGUGCUGUUCUUGGUCAAGUGGAUGGAUAGUGGCAAAGACAGCGCCAUGGUUGUCAGACGCUCUUUUUUCUCCAGGGACAAGGUGGGCAAGUCCACCAAGGCCCCCAAGAAGUCGUUCGAGGAGCAUGCGAAGAUGAAGAUGCAGGAGUCUUUGGAUAGUCCAACGGCCGAAGACCCGCUUCUUAGUCCCAUAGUUACCUUGGUUGUUAGUCGGGAUCAGCGUCUUUUCGUGGCCCAUGAGAAAAUUCUCUCGCGCUCUCCCUUCUUCGACUCGGUGCUUAGGGACCAGUUCCCGGUAGGAAGCGUGAACAAGGCCUUGCUCUUACCAGACGAGGAACCGGAGAUUCUUUCCUGCGUUCUCGAGUUCCUAUACAAAGGCGACUACACCCCGCGCUUACAGCGCAACAAAAGCCGGAAGACAUGGCAACUCGAGAGCUUCCAGGAUGACGCCAGCGGCCUGAGCCAAUCGACGAUCUUCCACUCCGGAGUGGGAGACCUCAUUCUCCGGGAUACUGCCGUGUACUGCGCGGCAGAGAAGUAUGGCCUCGAGGAGCUCAAGGAUCUUGCUCUACGCAAGCAGGGUCUGCAAAACGGGAUCCCCAUCGAGGUCAUUAUCCGGUCCGCGCGGUACGCCUACGACAAUACCCCGGACUCAGAGUACCGUCUGCGCGCCCAUUACCUGGCCAUGAUUAUUCGUACUCGCGAUAUCUUCAAGCGCAGUGGAACCAUGCAGUUUGAAAUGGAGAUGGGACACAAGUUCUUCUUUGAUCUGUUUGUUGCAAUGUGCAAUCAUAUGGAUGACCUUGGGGAGCUUAGCCUGAAAUAG